AAAUCAGGCAUCAAGGCAUCUAAUAUGAGAGGGUCUGGGCUCCACUGCAGGACUCGUGUUUUGAAAAAUGGCGGCAACCCAGACAAAUAAUGCCAUCACUUUGAAGGGAAGCACCGAAAAUGUGACUGAAUUUUUCGGCUUUGGGAUCAACAGUAUUCUCUAUCAGCGUGGUGUUUACCCAGCAGAAAACUUCAAGCGUGUAGAGCAAUAUGGCUUGACAUUGUUUGUCACAGAUGAGCCCCUUUUGAAAGAAUAUAUAACAAAUGUCCUCAAACAAGUUAAAGAUUGGCUACAAAAUAAGACAAUUCAGAGAAUUGUUCUUGUCAUUAGUAAUGUUGAUACAGCGGAAGUCCUUGAGAGAUGGCAGUUUGAUAUUGAAUGUGACAAAGCCAUGACAGAGGACAGUAAACCAAGAGAGAAGUCUUUGAAAGAAGUAAAAAAAGAAAUUCGUGAUGUCAUGCGUCAAAUCACAGCCAGUGUCACCUUUCUUCCAUUAUUGGAUGGCCCUUGUGYUUUCGAUCUUCUUGUUUAUACUGACAAAGACCUCAAUGUCCCAGAAAUGUGGGAGGAAUCUGGACCUCGUAUCAUUAGUAACUCCGAGGAGGUUCGCCUUCGUUCUUUCAGUACUACAAUCCACAAGGUUGACACAAUGGUGUCCUACAAAAGCGAAGAUUAAAAUGCUUGGUAAAUAGCAAUGAUAGUGAAAGAAAUAAAGAAUGAAUAUUGCUUCUCAAAUUAAGUAACAGCCCUUAAAGAACUCUGUUAAGUGGAACAGCAUAAGUAAUGCGUGAAAAUGUUUUUUUUUUAAGGUCAUAUUUGAGGCAAAGUCCAAUGACACAUUUAGCUCUUAUACUAUCUCAUUUCUCCCAAAUCUCAUGAUUCGGAAUUGUUUAAUACUAGAAGUAAAUAUAUAAUAAUCUUUUCAGAAGAUGAACUUUUCAUGUGCAAAUAUAUAAGUUUGAAUUUUUUUUUUUUUUUUUUUUUUUUUGUUGCUCACUGUAAUAAGAUCACAGAAAAUUGUCCAGCAUAUGUUCGAUUCCUUUAGUACAUGUACGCCUCACAACAGUAAAAAGUUAAACAGC